AUGGCGUCGUCACAGGGCGAAUCCCUCCCCUUCCCGGCUUCGGCCGAGGAGGUUAAAGACAUAGAAAGUUUUUACAUGGUGAUAAGCAAACUUGCCUCCUGCAUUAGUACCGCGGUAAAUGAAGGGAAGAGAGUGACCGCGGCUAAUACGCGACUUAUUAGCCAAGCUGCUGAAGAAAUUAUAACUGCUACACGAGCCCUCCUUUCCAUCAAGUCCACCAGCACACCAACAUCAAACAGCUUGUUAAAGGCUGAGAUCCUCGCAUGUGUGAGGGAGGAGAUGGCCAGUGUUAAAAAACUUGUCUCAGCCAAUAAGUCCUCUUACGCAUAUGCAGCAGUAACGUCUCACGGGGCUCCAGCACCAGCUGGGCCAACCGCCCCCCCGCAGCUCUCCAUCAGCGACUAA